AUGGCGUCCACACAUGCCAAUCUCGAUGCGGCCUCGGUGGACCGCAAAACGCGGCUUGCAAGGCUUGCGGCACUGAAAAGAAAACAACCAGAGUCUGAUGCGAAAGAAUCCGGUCCAAAGGAGGAGGAACAUUCGGAGGACAAGUCCGUCAGCAUAACCUCACGAUACCUUUCUGGAAGAAACUAUGACCCAGAAACACGAGGUCCCAAACUUGGCUUCGAGAACGCGCCUACGGAGGGGCAAGUCACCUUGGAGGAACAGGCAGCGAAGAUCGCGAUAUCCACCGCAGAGGCUGCCAAAGAGGAUGAGGAGGUGGAUAAACCUAUCGAUUUGUUCAAACUACAACCCAAAAAGCCGAAUUGGGAUUUGAAGAGGGAUCUUGACGCAAAGUUGAAGAUUCUCAAUGUGAGGACGGAGAACGCGAUAGCACGUCUUGUCAGAGAACGGAUACAGAAUGCGCAAAGAAACGCUAAACAGAAGACUAAGGCCGGCGACAUGGAUGGAGAAGAAAUAGGCAUCGAAGGCGAAGCCUUGCUGGAGGGAAUGCAUGCACGCGAGCGGGAAGAAGAGAAAGAGAGAAGGGAGCGAGCAGAAGAGGACUUGAGCUAG